CACGCGUUGGUAGUGCAAGAGGCUCGCACAGUUGUUCUCAACUUCAACGCCGUAACUCGGGAGAGGAAUAAACUUUGGCACGAUCUGGGGAGAUCCGCCUUUUUCUGUUUGGUUGUUGUGGCUUUAUUUUGCCUUUUUUUUUUUUUUCCCCCGAGGCGGGGAUGAUGGGGGACUGCUUAAUCUUCUCUCCCCUCCCUGUAUCCCUUACACCCCUCAGGAGGGAGCAGGGAACCUGCCCCCAUCUUCUCUCCCGGCUACCUCGCACUCCGCGAGCUACUGCCUUGAGAUGAGAAUGAAAUGAAAUGAAAAUGAGCCACUAAACGCGCAGGUACGGUUUACCCAUCUGCUCUUUUCUCUGUCGCUAGCUAGCUAGUUCCCUCCCUCUUUUCUUCUUUGCCCCGCCCGUGCAGUCGCGCGCCCUUGCUGGCUCCCGGGGGGGUGUGGGGUGAGAGCGUGGAGCUGUGCCUCUGUAGGAGUUGCUCCCCUUGUGGCCGCAGGGGGAUAAGGCAGCAGGGCUGGGGCCUUGUGGAGUUGCUUUAGGCGUCCAGACGGCUAUUGUUCGGAGCCCGUCUCUGCUGGAGAAAUCUUCCCUUCGUCCCGGCUCUGCUCCCUGCAGACGGAGGCGCGGGGAGGGGGAAGUCGUCGCCACCUCCCCGGCGUGCGGCGGUCGGAGGGGGGGGAGGUAGGAGGGGGCGAGGCUCGACAUGAUGGCGGCUGAGGAGGGCGGCUCGGUUACCUCUGCCGGGAUGGUGGGAGCCGUUGGUGGAGCUGAAUCGGAGCACUACCCCACCUUAUGCCGGGGCAAGGAGCUGGGGCCGCAGGGCCCCUUCCUAGUGGGCUCUGGCGGGGGCAGCCCGGGCGCCGGCGGUCCGGCUUUGUGCUCGGCGCUGGGGCUCCUGGCGCUAGGCUCGGGGCCUGCCCCUCUGGUGUCCGGAGGCGGUGGCGCCGUGACAGCAACUGGCCAGGGCCGGGGUCCGGAGGUGUCCGGAGGGGUGCUGCCCCCACCCGAAACCAGCACUGUCGCCUUUCCCCCGUUGCCGCCGCCGCCGCCACAGCCACCUUCCUUGGCGGGGGGGCUGGGGACCGUGGACGAAGGCGACUCGUUGGAUGGGCCGGAGUAUGAAGAGGAGGAGGUGGCCAUCCCGCUCAACGCUCCCCCCACGAACCAGUGGUAUCAUGGAAAACUCGACAGAGCAAUUGCAGAAGAACGUCUUUGGCAAGCUGGAAAACCUGGAAGUUACCUUAUUCGAGAGAGUGAUCGGAGACCGGGUUCAUUUGUGCUUUCAUUCCUUAGUAAAACAAAUGUCAACCAUUUUAGGUGGACCACUCUGUGGAUAAGGAAUUGGCUGGAUGGUCGCACUCAAAGAAUUGUGGUCAACGGCUCGAUGUCCAAGCGGAGAGCAGUGAUGAGUGGCGUUCCUCAGGGGAUUAUUGCCAUGUGUGGAGACUAUUACAUUGGUGGACGUCGCUUUGCUUCACUCUCAGACCUAAUUGGUUAUUACAGUCAUGUGUCUUGUUUGCUGAAGGGGGAAAAACUAUUCUUUCCAGUAGCACCUCCAGAGCCUGUGGAGGAUAGAAGGAGAGUUCGAGCAAUUCUACCUUACACCAAAGUGCCAGAAACUGAUGAAAUAAGUUUCCUUAAAGGAGAUAUGUUUAUUGUCCAUAAUGAAUUGGAAGAUGGCUGGAUGUGGGUUACAAACCUACGGACAGAUGAACAAGGUCUUAUUGUAGAAGACCUGGUAGAAGAAGUGGGAAGAGAAGAAGAUCCACAUGAAGGCAAAAUAUGGUUCCAUGGGAAGAUCUCCAAACAAGAGGCUUACAAUUUGCUGAUGACAGUUGGUCAGGUGUGCAGUUUUCUUGUGAGGCCUUCAGAUAAUACACCUGGUGAUUAUUCACUUUAUUUUCGGACCAGUGAAAAUAUUCAGCGUUUUAAGAUAUGUCCAACAUCAAGCAAUCAGUUUAUGAUGGGAGGCAGAUAUUAUAAUAGUAUUGCUGAGAUCAUUGAACAUUAUAGAAAAGAACAGAUUGUUGAAGGAUAUUACCUUAAAGAUCCUGUUCCAAUGCAGCAUCAAGAACAAGUGCUUAAUGAUACAGUGGAUGGAAAAGAAAUCUACAAUACAAUUCGUCGCAAAACAAAGGAUGCUUUUUAUAAAAAUAUUGUCAAAAAAGGAUAUCUUCUGAAAAAAAGUAAAGGAAAGAGAUGGAAAAACUUGUACUUUAUAUUGGAGGGAAAUGAUGCCCAGCUUAUUUAUUUUGAAAGUGAAAAACGAGCCACAAAACCUAAAGGAUUAAUAGACCUUAGUGUGUGUUCAGUCUAUGGAGUACAUGACAGUUUAUUUGGCAGGCCAAACUGUUUUCAGAUAGUAGUUCAGCACUUCAGUGAAGAGCAUUACAUCUUUUACUUUGCAGGAGAAACUCCAGAACAAGCACAGGACUGGAUGAAGGCUCUGCAGAUGUUUUGCAGUUUAAGAAAAAACAGUCCAGGGACAUCAAAUAAACGUCUACGUCAGGUCAGCAGUCUUAUUUUGCAUGUAGAAGAAGCUCAUACACUCCCAGUAAAACAUUUUACUAAUCCAUAUUGUAACAUCUACCUGAACAGUGUCCAGGUAGCAAAAACACAUAUCAGAGAAGGGCAGAACCCUGUAUGGUCAGAAGAAUUUGUCUUUGAUGAUCUUUCAUCUGAUAUUAAUAGAUUUGAGAUAAGUCUUAGUAACAAAACAAAGAAAAGUAAAGAUCCAGAUAUAUUGUUUAUGCGUUGCCAAUUAAGCCGAUUACAGAAAGGACAUGCAACAGAUGAGUGGUUUCAACUCAGUUCCCAUAUACCACUGAAGGGUAUUGAGCCAGGAUCUUUGCGUGUUCGAGCAAGAUAUUCUAUGGAGAAGAUCAUGCCAGAAGAGGAGUACAGUGAGUUUAAAGAGCUCAUACUCCAGAAAGAGAUGCAUGUGGUCUAUGCCUUAUCACAUGUUUGUGGACAAGAUAGAACAUUGUUGGCUGGCAUUUUAUUGAAGAUUUUUCUUCAUGAAAAGCUUGAGUCACUAUUGUUACGAGCACUAAAUGACAGGGAAAUAAGCAUGGAAGAUGAAGCUACUACUUUGUUUCGUGCCACCACUUUAGCAAGUACGCUUAUGGAGCAAUAUAUGAAAGCCACAGCAACACGUUUUGUUCACCAUGCACUGAAAGACAGUAUAUUAAAGAUAAUGGAGAGCAAGCAGUCCUGUGAGUUAAAUCCCUCAAAAUUAGAAAAAAAUGAAGAUGUAAACAUUAAUUUGGCACAUCUACUCAGUAUACUUUCAGAAUUGGUGGAGAAAAUAUUCAUGGCUGCAGAGAUACUGCCUCCGACGUUGAGAUAUAUUUAUGGAUGCUUGCAGAAGUCUGUUCAAAACAAGUGGCCAGCUAAUACCACAAUGAGAACAAGAGUUGUUAGUGGCUUUGUUUUUCUUCGACUGAUUUGUCCUGCUAUCCUGAACCCAAGGAUGUUUAAUAUCAUCUCAGAUUCUCCUUCCCCUACUGCUGCAAGAACGCUGACACUGGUUGCCAAGUCUGUGCAGAAUUUAGCAAAUCUGGUUGAAUUUGGAGCUAAGGAGCCAUAUAUGGAGGGGGUAAAUCCAUUCAUCAAGAGUAACAAACAUCGCAUGAUCAUGUUCUUAGAUGAACUUGGGAAUGUUCCUGAGCUUCCAGACACUACAGAGCACUCUAGAACUGACUUAUCUCGUUAUCUGGCAGCCUUGCAUGAGAUGUGUGUGGCACAUUCAGAUGAACUUCGGACACUCAGUAAUGAGCGAGGUGUAAUGCAGCAUGUUCUUAAGAAGCUGUUGGCUAUUACAGAACUGCUUCAACAAAAACAAAAUCAGUAUUCAGUGUCUAAUAACAUCAGGUAGCAGCCCUCUACCUAAAUUCUGCAUGGAUCCAGCAUGUCUAACAUGGCAACUUACACAAGUAUCACUUUUUUUGCUCUUGCCAAAAAUAGCACACCCUGUCACAUUCCCAGUGAUGUGUGAACUAUGCAAAAAGAAAACAAAGAUUCUGUUAGUGAAUGAUUGUACCAGCAGCUUUUUAAACUAUCUGUGCAGGAUAUUUGCACUUUUUUCCACUUGGAAUCAGUUUUUACAGCCUCUGAGCCUUGGUGUACAGUUUACCUUUUGCAAAGAAAAUGCUGUGACUGUCUUGAACUUUGAAAAUUAUUUUCAGUGCCUGCAAUUGCCAAAGUUUUUCUUUUUUGUUGGAAAAGAAUUAUCAACUGACAAGGAAAGAAAUGCAUUGUUUUGACAGCUACAUGUAACUGGAUAAAAUUUCUUACUGUAAUUUCUGACUGGUUACACUUAUUAUGACUUUGUUUCAACCACUUGAACUUGUAUUUACAAUUUCCAGAGUUUGAUGGUUAUUGUAAGAACAAUCUUUCCUGUAUACUUUUUAUACCAUGCUGUUUCUCUUGCUGGAAUCAUGUCAAAAGAAUAUGCAGAAGGGAUCUUGUCAGCUUUAUUCUUGAAUGUGCCACUGAUUCAGUCUAAAUAAUUCUUCCAUCAAGGACUGUGUAUCCAUCCAGGUAAAUCACAAUGCUUUUGUAAAAUGUUUACAACAGUGAAUAAUUAGAAUUCAGUAAAUUUAUUAUCACUGUAUCAGACAUGCAUGCAUCCAUUAAACCAUUUUAUAAAAUA